AUGAGCGUCAAGCGAGCUCGCAAUGACGCACAUGGGGCGGUUGGGGAACCAGACAAAAAGAAGCGCAAGGGAUUUUCGGUUGGGCCAGCCAAUCUUCCUGAUGGCACUUACCGGCGCAAAACACAGAAGAUAAAGAAUGGUCUCAUUCAGAAGGCAAAGGUGAAGAAGGCGUAUGCAAAGGUGAAAGCCCGUGAAGAAACUGCGCAAGCAACUACACACACCGUUGCCUCCAGCGAAUCCGCGAACCACCACCCGGAAACGGCUCCGUCAAGCCUUGAGCUCCACCCUGACCGCCAAGCAAUGUUAGAGAAGGGCCAUACACGUGGCGGACAGACAUUUCCAGACGAGGACGAAUCCAAGCUACACAGAAACGUAGAGCGUCGGUCAGGGCAGCACAGAUCGAAACAGUCGCGCUACAAGAAGGAGCUGGAAGCUGCGACUCAACGCAAGGCGGAAAUGGAGGCAAAACGCAGAGCUAGGGAAGCUCGUGAGAAGGACAGGAAAGCUAUGUCCAAGGCCAAACGACCCGGCAUCGAUGGGAAGGCCAAGCUAGGUCGGCAAGGGACCGUCUUACUCGAUCGUAUCCGCAGAUUAACCAACGGAGGAGCAUAUGAGGCAUCGGUACCGAUAGAAAUCUCUUCUGCUGGCCGAGGCGCUGCCAAGCGGCACAAGGACCUUGUGAGCUGA